CGAUCGUUUUUUAUCCCGAACCCUUCUCCCAACUCCUCAUCUCACGCGGCCUUCUCCAUCCAACUCCUCUCCGGCAAACCCCCCUCUGGUGAACCCCUCUCCGCGAACCACUCCUCCGAACUCCUCUCCGUCAAGAACACGGGAUGAAUCUCUUCACCUCUCGUCGCCUCAUUCACGCUUCCUUCACACUGCCCAAUCUCUUUGACCACACCUUAUUCAAGCGACAGAUCCCGGAACUGGUCGAGUUCCAGGUCAUCGAAGACCUUGUGACGGCAGCUCAGCCGCGACUCCAGCUCCCGAGCUAACCCCUUUCCAGUCGAGCGAAGGAGAAAGUAAGGAGUAAGCCUCCUUCGUCCUCUCUCUCUCUCUCUUUCUCUCGGAGUUUAUUCCGCUUUCAGGCGCCUCACCCUUCCUUCGAUUACCAGCGUAAAGGUAAGCGAUCUGCUUUGCUUGUCCAUGGAAGAACGACGAGGUCAUCUCUAGGUUACAUUUUUUUCCCUCUCCCUUGCUUUCUUCUUGAACCUUUUGUGUCGAUUCACGGCGAAGCAUUUGAUCUCAGUUCUGAAUUAGAAGUUCCAGUAUGUAAAUGGGCAACCUUUUGUCUCUAACUAUUUAGUUUUCAGAAUCCGACAUUUGGGGAUAGAAAUGUUUCAUCUUUUCUCUCUCUCUCUCUCUAGGGCUACUAGACUGUAGCCUUCUGGAUUAACUUGUGUUUAUCUUGUUAUUAGGUUCUCGGUGGAGUGAUCAUGCUAACUUCAUUCAUUUUUAGGGUUUUGAUGUAAGACACCAAAAAACUUUGUUGCUUUGGACUGGGCGAUGUUUACAGUGAGAAACUGGUGUGUUGAUUAUACUUUACAGACUGAUUUUUGUCUAUGCUUAUCCAGCUUACGAGUGUUACAAGACCCUAGAAUUGAAUAAGCAAGAGAUUGAGCAGUUGUGUUUCUGGUGCCAAUAUUGGAUUCUAUUUGGACUGUUGAGAGAAUUGGGAGUAUUUGCUGAUAUUCUCUUCUCAUGGUUACCAUUCUAUUAUGGAGCAAAGCUUGGCGCCUUCCUGUAUUUGUGGCAUCCCCGGACAAAAGGAGCAACAUUUGUCUAUGAGACAUUCCUGGUGCCUUUUAUCGCAGAGCAUGAGUUUGAGAUUGAUCCGUCUUUGUUUGAGUUUAGAGCUAGGGCAGCAGAUUGGGGAUUGAUAGCUUGGCAGAUGGCUGUUAGCUACUUGCAGACAAGUGUUCCUGAGAUGAAGAAAUAUGCUAUUUCAUUGAUGCCAACAAUGAACUCUAUAGAGGAACCACUAGCAACGCCAGUGCACUAAGCAACAUGACCCUGGAAGAGUGCCAAAGUUUGUGUUGGAUGAACUGUUCUUGCGUGGCAUUUUCUAUGAUCAGAGACAACAUGUGCCUAUCUUGGCCUGCUGACCUGAUGGAUAUUAGGGUUUUUGCACAAGGCGGCAAUGAUCUAUACGUUCGGCUUGCAGCUUCUGAAUUAGAUUCAAUAAGGAGUUCAGGAAAGCAGAAAUCAUUAGUGAUAAAAGUUACUGUUCCAGUGCUGAGCUUUCUAUUGUUACUAUGUGUUGGUUCAUUUUUAUGGUUGGAGCGAAGAAGCAAGCUCGUUAAACCAGACAUAGUAGACCCCUCCACUCCCAAAGAAACAGAGCUCGACUUGCCGUUAUAUAGUAUGGUUUCGAUAAGAGCUGCCACAAAUGAAUUUUCAAGAGACAAUAUAGUUGGAAUGGGUGGAUUUGGCUUUAUUUACAAGGGUAAAUUAGCAGAUGGACAAGAGGUUGCUGUGAAAAGAUUGUCCAAAGCUUCUGAACAAGGUACAGAUGAGUUCAAGAGUGAGGUUUCGAUCAUCGCCAAACUACAACACCGAAAUCUUGUUCGUCUACUGGGUUACUGCAUCGAGGAUGAGGAAAGAAUCCUGAUCUACGAGUACAUGACAAAUAAAAGCUUGGACACUUUCAUAUUUGGCCAUGUUCAAUCUGUUCAAAGCUCACAAAGAUCCUAGACAAAAUCCAAUUGCUUAUUCCUGUAAUAGAUUGAGAAAGACAAGCUACUUCUUCAGUAUUGUGGUAGUAAUUACUGUACUGCAUCUCAUUCUCAAGCCGAUAAUAAUUUUUGAGUGUAGCUAGUAGAAGUAAACAGAUUGUUGGCUUCGAGGUCGGCUAGUUAGUUUGUGCUCUUUUGUUUUAUAUGUGAAUAUCACUAUCUAUUUUGAAACAGAAUUAGUGUUAAUUUUGAUAUUUACUAA